GGAAUUUUGCAGAAGAACGUCUGGUGCUUAUCACGAGCUCAACUCCAUUCCCCAGCAAUCCUGCCGCAUCGCCAUUGAGCCGUCGCCAUGGGUGCCCAAGAGUCCAAGCCCCAAGGCCACACAUGGAAGAUCUCAGGGCCGCCGAGCGUCUCUCUACCGGUCCUGGAGACGCUGCAAACUAGUCCCGAAACGGAUGCUUCCCGCGCCAAGCUCGUCGAGCAGCAUAUCCAAGCCCGCGUCGCCGAGGAGCUCAAGAGGCUAGAGAAGCAAGAGUCAGAGGCUCUCAAGUUCGCACACGAGAAGAUCGCCGAGGCCGCCUCCUCCAUUACCGAGGACAAGGGUCCCAAUCGGUACACCGUCGGCAAGGAGGUUGAGGAGCUGCGCAAGAAGCUCGAGCAGCGGAAGAAGGUGCGGGAGCUGCCCGAGAGCGUCGACGCGGCGCGGAACAGCGUCAUCCGGUGCUUGAGGGAGAACGACAGGAAACCGCUGGUGUGCUAUGACGAGGUGGAGGCGUUUAAGGCGGAGGUGAAGAAGAUGGAGAGGGAGUGGAUUAACAGGAUCACGGCAUAGAGUUGUCUGGUGGGAAAAGGAAAGAAAGACGCAAAAGAAAAGAGAGAUCGACGGGUAUAUAGACUUUUUGGUGACAGUCGGUGAUCUGAACACUGGCCGACUAUCAAGCGAGCGAGCUGGGGACGGGUGUAUGUCUGUACACUACGGCAAAAGAUGGCAGCGGUAAAAGCUGCA